AUGGGCAGCACUGUCGACUUCACCUCGGUCUCGACUUUCAUUGAAAAAGAAGUUCUCUUCAAGCAAUGCAAGGAGAUGCUUAAAGCAAAAAAAGCCAUCCACAAAGUAGAUGACUCAAAAGAGGCAAAAAUGAGUCGAGAAUCGAUGAGUUCGACGAGGAAAGAUGAGGUCAUCAAAGUGGAGAUUGAGGAAGAAAUUGGAGAAGGAAAAGAUGAGGAAAAAAUGGGGAAAGAUGUGGAGAAGACGACAACUGACGAGCCGAAUCGCCAAUCUCGGAUACUCCCCGACGCGACGAGCUCCUUUUCAACAACAAACGGUUCUCCAUUGUGUACCUCGUCAGGUACAUUGAAUCCAUCAACGACGACGGUCCUUCCAUCAUUCCUUCCUCCAUUGAUGAAUCAUCUCGAUUUUCGUCCCCAUCUCUCCGUCCAUUCACAACAACAUUCCACAUUUGAUCCGUUGAAUGUAAAAGAAGAGAAACCGGAGAAUGUGAUCCAAUCACUCAUCUCCGGUGCUCAUCCCUCUUCAUCCGGAUCUGCUGGCAGUGAUUCAAACAUCACUUUGUGGCAAUUUCUGUUGGAGUUACUCACCUCGGGAGAACGAAAAGAUCUCAUCGAAUGGACGGCGAAUGAUGGCGAAUUUAAGCUGAUCGAUGCCGAAGCAGUGGCUCGUCUCUGGGGUCUACGGAAAUCAAAACCGAAUAUGAAUUACGAUAAACUCUCAAGAGCAUUGAGAUAUUAUUAUGAUAAGAAUAUUAUCAAAAAGGUUACGGGUCAAAAAUUCGUGUACCGUUUUGUGACCACGACGGACGUUCCCCCGCCCACUUCAUCAUCUCCGCCGGAGUCUCUUUCACGAGCCUCAAGCAUUCAAUCAUUGGGUCCACCGAGAAAACUGAUGAAGAUCGAGAUGGGAGCCCCAUUGUUGCCAGCUCCUCCAACUCUUCCAUCAACAUUCACUUCAAUCGGUCAUCCACCUCGAUUAGAACCCCCAUCUCUAUCAAUGCCGCCACCAAUCGCAACAACUGUCACCAAUUCGACUCCAUCACCGGUUGAGAGCCAUUGCAGUCCGAGCAGUGUCGGCAGUUCAUCGGGCGUUUCAUCCGGUUGUGAGAGCAGUCAAACGAUGUGCAAUGCAUCAUCUCGACCGGCUUCUGUUCCCCAUCAACUCCUCUCGUUGCAGCCAUUGUCACAUCCAAUUUCAUCACAAAUGGCUUCUGAAGAUGAAUCAAGACCCGCUUCAUCAUCAAAUACGAUCACUGCGUUUUGCUCGAUCCCGUCGGCGCUUGGAUCGAAUAAUGAGCAAUCGCCAGUCUCGCGAAAGCGGAAAUCCCCGGCCCCAGCUCCAGUCCAAAGAUCCGACUCAUCACAGGGUCAGAAGCGUCGUCCGGAUCCCUUGAAUCUGUCGGCUCUCUCCUCGGAUCCACUGAUUCCACCAAUCUCUUCGACUCUUCCUCCCACAACCACCCAACCACUCACUCAACCAAAUCCCCUCGCCGCAACGGGACAAAUGAAUUUCCUUCAACAAAUGUCACCAUUUCUGAUGCAACUCUCGCCCUUCCUCAUUCCCUCAAUCUACACGGCUCUAUCCGCCUCCCUCCUUCCAUCAUCUCCAUCAUUGGCUCAAUUCGGCACUCCAUCUUACAUGAUGCCAAGUCCAUUGAAUACCGCAAGAGCACAGCAGGUGUUCCAAUUCCCUCCACCCAUCACAACAACCUCUCUCUCGACGGCAGUCACAUCAUCUCUCCUUUCACCGGCAAUCUUCUCUAUGGGUGGUUCGACAUUGUCGAGUUCGGCGCGAUUCGGUGAUGAACUGAGGACGCCGACGGCCCCAUUGAGAACACCGGCCACAUUUAAGUUAGAGAACGCG